AUGAGCAGAAAUGUUAACACAUACCCUAAUCUAAAAUUAACAGCAAGAAAAAAACCACACACUAGCUUGUAUCAAGCAACUAAGAAUGAAGUCGAGCAUGAUCUUGAGUUGCUUUAUUGUAUGGACGACUGCUCGCAAACUACUACUGCUUCUCAUGAAUUUGAGAGGAAAAAGAUCCCAAAUAAAAGGGUUAAGGCUUUUUGCUUACUCCACUGCUCUGUGAGCGAAACAAAAAAAUUUUGUUCUUUCACUGAAGGAGCUACCUUUUUUCAAAAAUUUAAAAAAAAUCCCAAUUCUAAAUAAUUUUAAAGCAAUAUUAAUUUUAUUUGUAAAUAUAUGUUUUAAAAAUCGAACUAUUUAAAAUUAAACAGAAUAAUUAGAGAUUUCAUUAUAAUAAUUACUACUAUAUAUCAAAAUAUUGUUUUAUAAAACAAAUUUUGUUCGCUCAAUGAGGAUGGUUUUUUACCCAAAAUAGCGAUUUUCUAAUGGAUUUUUUCCUCACGAAGGGGGGAGAUAGGAAAUUUAUAAAACAAAUUUUAUUAAUUUUUUUCUUUAUUUAAAAAUUAAAAGCAAGGAGAAAUCAUUAGAGGGACAAUUUUCUUGAGAAAAUAGCAAUGCAAAAAAUAAAAAGACAAAAAAGCACUUCAGACACAAGAAAAUUGAUGAAAACUCUGCUGUUCAAGGGCUGAGCUUGCUACUAGAUAGCAAGGAGCCCAUGAAAAAGAGCGACACAGUAAUAAAAAUCGCAAUCCCGAAAAAAAAGCACAUAGAAAUGAUUAAGUUACCUAUUCCACCCCAAAUGCAGCCUGAUUUUAUCGCUUACAGAAAGGAAAUAUUAAAUUGUUUUGCAAAUAAUUUUUGAAGAGAAAUCGGAUUUCCUCAGAAGUAUCUUACCCUAUCUAAACAUAAAUCAGAAACUAUUUCUUUAUUUAUUAAAAGAAAAAUAUUAUAUAAUAAAUAAAUUUCUAUCUCUGAUAUAAAAGUUAGUAAAUUCUAUGAAUCUACCAAAAUUAUUCCUUCAGAAAGAGAUAAUUUAAUCUGCCCUAAGGGAAAAGGGUCAAUGCAUACUGCUCUUGCACACAUGAUUUCACAAGAAAAAGCAAAGAUAAAACUUCCUCAACUGCAAAUUCUUAAUAAUCUAGCUUAA